AUGUUCGGUUUUGUGGCGAAACCGGAGACUGGGCCUGAUGGUGCUGUGAAUCUAAUGGUGUGGCAUUGUACUAUUCCUGGUAAAGCUGGGACUGAUUGGGAAGGAGGAUUCUUUCCAUUAACGAUGCACUUCAGCGAGGACUAUCCAAGCAAGCCUCCUAAAUGCAAAUUCCCACAAGGCUUUUUCCACCCUAAUGUCUAUCCAUCUGGAACUGUCUGUCUCUCGAUCCUUAAUGAGGAUUACGGAUGGAGACCAGCCAUCACAGUGAAGCAGAUUCUUGUUGGUAUUCAGGAUUUACUUGACACACCUAAUCCCGCUGACCCGGCACAGACCGAUGGUUAUCAUCUCUUCAUUCAGGAUCCAGUUGAGUACAAGAAAAGGGUUAAGCUGCAGUCCAAGCAGUAUCCUCCUAAUGUCUGA